CACAGACACCUUCAGGGGACACCAUUCAGGGGACACCUUAGACUUAUAUUACAUCUUGUAAAAAAACGUUCGAUGGCACCUUUAACUUAAAUAUCUUUAGGUUUUUCCUGUUUUUUCCAUGCCCCUGGCACUCUUUGCCUUACUUACUAGAUAGUUUGUAAAGCACUAUUUUAAUAUUUACACUCAUUUUUUAAAGUGCACAAAUGUAUUGUGAAAUGCUCACUAGAAAUAUAGUGUGAAGUGAAUGAAAUUACAAAAGUUGGGGUUGGUGAGAUUUUUUUUUUUUUUUUUUUUUUUUUUUUUAAAGUAAUGCUUAAUUUUUUUGGAGAGACCUAUACAUUUUUUUUCAGGAUUUUUUGAUGAAUAUAAAGUUCAAAUGAAAAACAUUUGUUUGAAAUAGAAAUAUUUUAAAACAUUAUACAAGUCUUUUACUGUCACUUACGAUCAAGUGAAUGCAUCCUUGCUAAAUAAAAGAAUUAAUUUCUUUCCAAAAAAAACUUUUUAACUCGAGUGUAUGUUUUUCAGGUGCUAUACAUCAGUCGAACACUCUCUGUGAAACUCUACACCCAAUAACCUGACAUGCUCUGUAGAUGCGUAGUUUCAUCUGGUGAGCGAGGCCGUUCAGUGUCAGAACAGCUGACACAGCAACAGGUCAUGUGCCCCGACCGUUUCCAAGGAAACUUACUUUAAAGUUCCUUGUGAUCCACCCACUCUGGUUACAAUGCUGUGCCAGGAAUGACCAUCAAAUACAGCUUAUAGAUUCUCCAAAACCUUCCCAUGACUUGUGCGUCAUGUUUUAAAGAUGGUAGCACGUCGGUGUACCUCAGUCACAGAGCAGCAGCAGAUGGCCGCACAGACCCCGGCUCUCAUAAACUCCCCAUGUAACGUGUUGCCGUGGCAGCAAUUAGCCCGUUCACCUGCCGUCUGCCCGUCUCUCCUCAGCCUCUCCGCUCUGUUCGUGGUGAAGUGAACAACAAGUGGUUGCAGCCAGCGAGGUGUUGUAAAAAUGGACUGGAGGAGGCGGGGAGGGAUGCACAUAACAGAUUUGAUAUACAUCAGUGCUUCUGCAAACCUGGAUGAGUCACUGGUCUCUGAUAGAAACAUAGGGCAGGAGGGGGAAGGAGGGGAGGAGGGCGCUGCUCUCUCCAGGGAGAGGAAAGCUGGCUGUCUUGCGUGUCAUUUCUGAGGACUAGGCACGACUGGAGAGGGAGGCAGGAAAGAGAGGGAGAUUAGGAGUGUCUGGGUGGGUGGGAUUGAAGAUGAUGGGGAGGAAGAGGAGAUAGAGAGAUAGAUAUAGAGAGGGAAGAGGGGGUUUGUUUGUUGUUUUGUAUUUGGCUCAUCACUCUUGAAGUAGAUUUUGUUAGGCUGGAUAGAGGAACCAAGUCCAUAGAGACCUGAAUUCAUUACUCGAGUCAUCUACGGUUUUUUUUUCCCCCUCUCUUUUCUCUCUCUCUCACUCUUCUUUCUUUUUUUACUGAGUAAAUCUGGAUCCAGAGAGUGUCAUGUUGCACUGGAUGGGAAGUGAGACAGUGGGGCGAGAGUAAGAGGAGGAUGGCGUACACACAGUUGGAACCCAUCAAUGAGGGUCUUCUGUCCAGACUGUCUGACUUCCUGUUGUGUCGCUGGUCGUGCCGCUCCUGUUGGCAGUGGUGCUGGGAGUGCAGCUGCUGUCAGUCCACUGACGAGGAGGUGGAGAUUCUGGGGCCUUUUCCAGCUCAGACUCCAUCAUGGCUUGUCAAUGAAAGCAAUGAGCAAAAAGGCACAAAUUCCCACAUCAUGGCUCAGGAACAUGCUUCACCUGCUCAAUCUGACACCACUACAAGCUGCAGGCCACCCACCGCAGAAACUUCCCGAUCCACCUUCAGCCUGGCAGGCCAGCUCUCCAGUCUGAACGCCCGACGGCCAAGCUCCCCUAUGGUGGAUGUAAAGCCGAUUGAAUUUUGGGCAAUGGGACACAGGCAAGAAGUGGUGCAGCCCCUGCGUAAGCCCCCGACACCACCAGAUGACUACUUCCGCAAAUUGGAGCCUCAUCUGUACUCUCUGGACUCGUGCAGUGAUGAUGUUGACUCUCUGACAGAUGAAGAAAUCCUUGUGCGGUACAAACUAGGCAUGCUACAUUUCAGCACACAGUACGAUCUUAUCAAUGGCCACCUUAGCGUGCGAGUCAUCGAGGCCCGGGAUCUGCCCCCUCCGGUAACGUGCGACGGUGCUCGCCAAGACAUGGCCCACUCAAACCCCUACGUGAAGAUGAGUCUGCUGCCCGACCACAAGAACUCCAGGCAGACUGGAGUUAAACGCAAGACCCAGAACCCCGUGUUUGAAGAGCGCUUCACUUUUGAGCUCCCCUUCCUGGAGGCCCAGAGACGCACCCUUCUGCUCUCUGUGGUCGACUUUGACAAGUUUUCACGGCACUGUGUCAUCGGGAAAGUCUCUCUUCCUCUUAGUGAGGUCGAUCUAGUGAAGGGAGGACAUUGGUGGAAGGCCCUGGUGCCCAGUUCUCAGAAUGAGGUUGAGCUUGGUGAGCUUCUUCUAUCUUUAAACUACCUGCCCAGUGCUGGCAGGUUAAAUGUGGACAUCAUCCGAGCAAAGCAGCUGCUUCAGACAGACAUGUGCCAAGGUUCAGAUCCUUUUGUGAAGGUGCAGCUGGUGACAGGUCUUAAGUUGAUGAAGACUAAGAAAACGUCCUGUAUGAGGGGCACCAUUGACCCCUGCUACAACGAGUCCUUUAGCUUCCGUGUACCUCAAGAGGACCUGUGUGAAGUCAGUCUUGUGUUCACAGUUUACGGGCACAACAUGAAGAGCAGCAACGAUUUUGUUGGUCGCAUCGUGAUUGGCCAGUUCUCCACUGGCCUGCAGGAAACCACGCACUGGCGGCGGCUCAUGAGCUCCCAGCGCACCCCGGUGGAACAGUGGCACAGUCUGCGCUCCCGUGCCGAGUGUGACCGCGUCUCUCCCGCUUCUCUCGAGGUCACAUAAUACUAACACAGGAGAGUCAGUGAUCUACUGUAUGGAAAAGAACUUUGGCCUAAAACUUAAAACACAAACAUCUUCGAAUCAUACACUAGAUCGAUUCUCUAUAGAAUGGGGGGCUUUAUCUCUGUGUUAUUUGUGUUCACUCUCCCUUACCAUUAAUAUAAUGGGGAGACGUAGAUCGUAGAAAAGACCUCGGAGAGUUUUUCCGUUCAUGAUGAUGAGCAGAAGCCUGCUGUCCAUGUUUUCUUUUUAUCACAUUGAUACUAUCUUACACAAUAAUCUCAUCAUCAUCUGAUCCUCAGCUGCAUUCAGGCUGCUCAGGUGUCCAGAGGAAGAGCGGUUAUGAGGCUCAGGCAGUUUGGACCACACCAAACCAUUGGUACGGUCUGCAGUGUCUUAAUAAUCAUAUUGUUUCUUUUUUUCAGACUUCAAUAUGAUUGCAGUUUUUGAAGUAGCUUUAAUUUCACAGUUUGAAUGUUUCAAAUCCGAUUUUACACCAAAGCUUGUGUUUUGUGAUCCGUAUCACUGUUCUCCGUGCACAUUUUGACUGUGUUUAAGUGAUUGUGAGUGUGUGUUUAGUAAAUGUUUGCACUUAUGACAGCUGAGGUCUACAGAAACCUUAAGAGGCCAUGCAUUAUUUUAUUUUAUUAAUUUAUUUUUUUCUUGUUUUUCUUAAUCUUGACUGAAUUUUUUCAUGAUCUGAUAUACCAAAGGUUUAUUUACUUUCAUUUUUCUGUAUGUUGCUCACUUCUUAUAUUUCUCGUGUCUUCUCUUGAACAUAAUUCUAUAUCCAUACACUUCCUUUCAAAAGUUUGGGGUUAGGAAGGUUUUUUUUUUUUGUUUUUUUUCCAUAAGAAAUGAAUAUGUUUAUUCAGCAAGGAUGCAUUAAAUUCAUCAAAAGACAUUUACAAAAGAUUUCUAUUUCAUAUAAAUGCUGUUCUUUUGAACAUUCUAUUCUUCAAAGAAUUCUAAAAUAAUGCCUCUCGGUUUCCACAAAUAUAUCAAGCAGUGAGUUUCAACAUUGAUAAUAAUAAGAAAUGUUUAUUGAGCAGCAAAUCAUCAUAUUAGAAUGAUUUCUGAAGGAUCGUGUGACACUGAAGACUGGAGUAAUGAUGCUUUUUAAAAUUCAGCUUUUACAUCACAGGAAUAAAUUACAUUUUAAAAUAUAUAAUUGUAAUAAUAUUACUGUUUACUGUAUUUUUGAUCAAAUAAAUGCAGCCUUAGUGAGCAUAAGAUAACUAGAUAAGCAUAAGAUACUAUAAAAUAUAUUAAAAAUUCUUUCCGACUUUUGAAGAACAACAACAUGAGAAAUCACUCUUUUGUUGUUUCGAAAUCAAGUUAAGAAAUUAAGUCAAAAGACUCCCAACAAAAGACAGAAGUAAUAAUUUAUGGCCUCUCAAGGCUUUCGUAGAGGUCUCUAUCACUGUAUAAAUGCAUUAGUUUCUGCACAACAGUGAACAUGCUUUCACAGCUUAGGCAAUAAUGCCACGCCAAGGUGCAGAUAGAUGCAUUUCUCUUUGCUCUAUCACCUUCACACCUAGUCCAAUGCUUUUGCCAAGUUCAGUUCAUAUACUGUAUAUUAUCAACAUGUUGGACUUUGUCUUUUUCUCAGUCAGUCUAUAAAGUACAUAUACAAGAUAUGAUUGGGAAAACAAUGUAGUUAGCAUAGAAUCGAAGUGCAAUCAGAAACAUUACUGUAUCUUUCUUCGUAAUUUUCUUGUGUGUGACCUGUGUGAGAGUUUCAGGUGAAGAGUCAAUUGUAUGUUUCCACCAAUGUCAAUGUUAGUGUAGAUGACAGUACAAAUGAUUAGAGUGGUAAUAAUAACACAUAAUAAUAAUAAUAAUAAUAAUGAAGCUGUACCACUGAAGAUGUUUAUAUUUAUAUAUUUUUUUUUAAAUGCAUAUAAUAAUAAUAGAUAUAUAUUUAUCUCUAAAACAUAUCUGUAUAGAUUUAUAACUUAAAGAGUACUGAACAAAUGCAUGUUGCAAUAGGUGAAAAAAGAAAUGGAUAGAAAUAGAAUAUAGAUAAAUCAUGAUAAAUGAAAAGGUUGUUGAAAUUUUGGUUUCAAAGUUAACUUUUUAACUGUGUCCAAAAAAUAAUAAUAAUGUUUAGUCCACUGUCUUCUUGUCUGAUCUGAACCCUCUGAGAGCUUGUUACGCUGAUGCUGUCCAUGUAAUGGUGUAUUAAGUGUGAGAAGAAAUCAGCAGAAUCCCUUUAAAGGUCUCUUUCACAGAGAUUGUAAUGUGUGAAUCCUUCAGAGAGAUGUUAAGUGAGGAAAUUGUCUCUUGGUUGUUCCACAAUGCAUUAAAGUGAUGUUUGUUACUGG